AUGACGAACGAGGGAGAGUCGUCUUCGGCCGCUUCGGACUCGUAAGCGUUUCUUAUAUCCUUAUCGAAUGCCGAGUUUCAUUUUAAUUUUCGGACCAAUUUUCUGAUUUCUCUUGGAAAUAAUACUCGUCCUCUUUUCCCUGCAGAAAGGGCACGAAAAGGGAUUUCUCGACAGCGAUCUUGGAGCGAAAGAAGUCCCCAAACCGACUGGUUGUGGAUGAAGCGGUCAAUGACGAUAACUCGGUGGUUGCGAUGCAUCCGGAAACAAUGGAGAAGCUGCAGCUGUUCCGGGGGGAUACCAUCCUCAUCAAGGUAAUGGCUAAUGCCGCCAUUUUUUUCCUUUUUUUUUCCUUUUUUUUUCCUUUUUUUUCCUUUAUCUUUUAGAGGAGCCCUAGAAAUAAGUUUGCGGAAAAUUAGGGUUUUUUGGAAUUCAGCGAGCUUCGUAUAUAUCGCUGGAUUGUUUCCGAUCAGAUGUUGAAGUUGGGCAGACAAUCGUGAUUACAAGUUUGGGUCUCGUCUAUCCGUUUCCUCCGUCGUAUGAUCUUGAUAGAUCUCUUGACCGGGGAUAGUCGAAAUGGAUGGAUGAUGUACAAUCUGCGACUCUAGUUGGACGGAUGUUCAUGGUCACGGGCUAGUCUUCGGAUCUUCUGGUAUUGUUGGGUAUGAUGGUUACCAGGCAAUUAUAGUCGCCGAUGCAAUAGACCGCGAAUGAACUUACAAUUCUACGUUCCAUGCCCAUUCCAUAUUCCUUUUCCUUUGCGUAGGGUCGGUUUUGAUCUAGAUUCUGAAUUGGUAUGAAAUGACUUGGUAACGUCCGUUUACAUGAUCAGGUUAGUGCUAAGUUAACAGGCUGUGACGAUAGAAAAAUUGUCAGCUGUGCAAUUUUAAACAGUUGUGUCCCCAUUUGGACAUGUCUACGGACUUGGAGUCACGCCGUUGAGGAUCAUUCGAAAAGAAACUGGGAAGAGUGUCAGUGAAAAUAGUAUGGAUAAGAAAACCAGUUUAUUAUUGUUUUUUACGAAUAAUAAUAAACUUUGUAGAUGUACUGAAGGUGAGUAUAUUCUAGUGUGUAAAUAGGGAGUGCCAAGUUGAUGGUCUUGGGAGAAGAAGACUCCUUAUGAAAGCUUUGUUGAAUUAAGCAAGGUUGACAUAAAGUAUACUUACCAGAUGCCCCAGCAGUUUCAUAUUUCCACCAAUCAUUGUCUUUGUCAACUUGGAUUUUGCAUGCUAGCUGAUCCCAUGUUCAUGAGAAGGUUGGUGGUGAUGUUUUUCCGGUUUCUAUUUAUUAUUUCAAAACAAGGCUUUAUGAUUGAGCAGCACUUUUUUUUUUGCUCUUUUAUUUUUUGGCGUUUCCUUAAAAAAAAUUUCGUACUAAAUCUUUUUAUUGAUAAAAUUUUGCAUGUAAUUUCAGGGAAAGAAGAGAAAGGAUACCAUUUGCAUUGCACUUGCUGAUGAUACGUGCGAUGAACCUAAGAUCAGAAUGAACAAGGUUGUUCGGUCUAACUUAAGGGUUCGGCUUGGUGAUGUGGUCUCUGUGCACCAAUGCCAAGACGUUAAAUAUGGAAAAAGAGUACACAUACUGCCCAUAGAUGAUACCAUUGAGGGCAUAACAGGGAAUCUUUUUGAUGCCUAUUUGAAACGUAAGUGAACCUGGAAUGUUUUUCGUGCAUUCUGCCUCUUUAUUCUACAGAUCUUCUUCUCACUUGUGAUGUAAGGAGGGGCAUUAUUCUUCAUCUCAAAUGUAGAUUUUGUGUUUCUUCUUCUGAUGAUCCCUCCCAUGUUUGAAUAUGUCAAGAUCUCAUGUAUAGCAUUUUUAUCUUGCAUUGCUCUUUUAUGCUUCUAUCAAAUGGGUGACUGAAGACCAUGGGGUUUUGAAAGUUGUUGCUUAUCAAGUGCUUAUCAAGUCUUUAUCAAGUGUAAUGUUUUAAAGUGUUUUUGAAAGUUGUUGUUUUUGAAAGAUGUUUGCAAACUUUGUUCUGUGCGAAAAUUUUAUCGCUACUCUGGAAUCAACACAUAGUUGGGUUUUACAUACAGUUGCCUGUUCUCAUAGGACAAUCUGUGCGAUAAUACUUGGAUAAUAAUUUUUCGUUUCUUUCCUGUAUCAUUUUCAGCUACUUGACUGAUUCUUCUCGUUGGCUGAUUGUACAAAUUUUCAAAGUAUAAGUAAAUGUAUAACCAUCGAUUAGAUAAAUAUUUAAAUUAUUUUUAUUUUGAGUUUGUGUAUUUUUCUUUUGUCCAUGCGUGGAGUGUUUAUCAUCAAAGAUUUCUGCUGAAUCUAAAUUUAUUUAAAUAGAAAAUUAUUUAUCUCUGAAAAGUGGAGGUUUCCUGGAUAUAAUUAGCAUAAUUAUUAAGGUUUAUGGUUAAUUACCCACGCAUAUGUAGUGUAAUGAUGUAAGGUAGGUAUGGCUACGUAUAAAUUAUGUGAAACGUCCGAUGUAUUCCAAUGAAAUAAUAAAACGUUGUUUGAAGAACUGGAGUUGCCUAGUUGCUCCAUGAUGACAAUGCUAGUGUCUCUUCUUAGAGCAUUCUCAUAAUGUGCUCUUUGAAGAAUAGUCUACCUGGUAGAUGCAAAGUUAUUCUUCUAUCCUCGUACACGAAGUUUUGCCCUUUAACCCAGUUAAUGGCCAGCUGAAAUGUUGUUCAAGAACGGUCAAGUGAUGGCCAAGCACAUUUACAGACUUGCUCUCUCAAAUGCACUUUCUCCUUGCAUUUGCAAAUUUGUAAUUUUAUAGUGUGGCUUUUUGCAUAUGAUUUUUUAAAAAUUAGCUCGCAUAUUUCUACUGCACACAGACCCUUUACCUUACAACAUUCUUGCAAAGCUUUACACAUAUUUUCCACACUUAGAAUGCUGCUAGUUCUGAAUGUACACAGUAGUCCUCUCUAAUCUAUGGAAAUUUUAUUUGACUGAGAACCUUCAAAGAGUCAAAGUUUCCUUCCCCUUCUUUCCCCCUCUCUCUCACUUGCUCUUGUUCACAUUUGUGAAUUAUCUAGACGGUUCUAGUUUGGUCACAUACCAUCACAUUUUUUACCCGCAUUCUUGCGCCAUAAUAUUUCUGUUAAUUUAAAUGACUUAAUCUUUUGAGUUUUUUUCUUAGAACCUUCACUCCCAAGGGGAUCAGUUGAAUACUCACAUUAUUCUGUUUAUGGGUGCUUUUGUUGUUUGUCGGAUUUUCAUCAUCACUUAAAAUGAAAUUGAAAGUGAUACUUUCCAGAAAAAGUCAUUACUGCUAUGAUCUUAGGAUGCAGUUAUUGAUAAUAUUCCUUCCUACGGUUUCCUAUCCAAUGCUGCAUGAUAAGUUAUUCAUUUUCUAUUGCAGCUCACUCUUAUUCUGCACUGGGAUCGGUUUUUUGCCCAGUCACUUCUGGGUUUGCCCUCAGCAGUUAAAAUAUCAGUUAGGGGUCAACCAAGUUUGUACAAAUUAGGCAUGAGAAUCAUGCUAGACAGAACAGUGUCCAUCAAAUCUGCAUGAUUCCACACUGUUUCCAACUUUCUCGUUGCCUUGUUUUGGAAUCAGCCAAGAUUUCUCAACGAUUUUUCUAGCCUCGAUUCAUCCCAUGGAAACUAACGAUAUCGGCUGUCUGUAUUUUUCCACUUCCGUGUCUGCUGUUCAUGUGAUAUUAUUUUCUUUACUGCUCUUGUUAUAAAAAUAAGUCACUGACAUUUUGUUUAAAAGGCUAAAAUCGUGAGGAGUGCCCAUCCUUGUGUCUUGUGUCUGCUGAAUUCUUGACUGAACGAUGAUGAUAUAUUGGUCGUGAUUUUUGUCCCCCCUCUGGUGCAGCUUACUUCUUGGAAGCAUAUCGUCCAGUGAGGAAGGGCGAUCUUUUCCUUGUGAGGGGGGGGAUGAGAAGUGUGGAGUUCAAGGUCAUUGAGACGGACCCAGCAGAGUACUGUGUGGUUGCUCCCGACACAGAGAUCUUCUGUGAUGGGGAACCCGUAAAGAGGGAAGAUGAAGACAGACUUGACGAGGUUGGGUAUGACGAUGUGGGCGGGGUGAGAAAGCAGAUGGCUCAAAUCAGGGAGCUGGUUGAGCUCCCCCUCAGGCAUCCUCAGCUCUUCAAGUCAAUUGGUGUCAAACCGCCCAAGGGAAUCCUCCUCUACGGACCACCUGGUUCUGGGAAGACGUUGAUAGCUCGGGCAGUCGCAAAUGAGACAGGUGCAUUCUUCUUCUGCAUCAACGGCCCCGAGAUCAUGUCCAAGCUGGCUGGAGAGAGUGAAAGCAAUCUCAGGAAGGCUUUUGAGGAAGCGGAGAAGAACGCCCCCUCGAUCAUCUUUAUCGACGAGAUCGAUUCUAUCGCACCCAAGCGAGAGAAGACCAACGGAGAAGUCGAGAGGCGCAUUGUCUCUCAGCUGUUGACUCUUAUGGAUGGUUUGAAGUCUCGGGCACACGUCAUUGUGAUCGGGGCCACCAAUCGGCCCAACAGCAUCGACCCAGCCCUGCGACGAUUUGGUAGAUUUGACCGAGAGAUUGACAUCGGUGUCCCAGAUGAGAUCGGGAGGCUCGAGGUCCUUCGCAUCCACACCAAGAACAUGAAGCUCUCUGAUGAUGUGAUCCUUCUGGCAUUCCUCUGCUCUGUAUUUGAUAUCCGUUCCUUCUUCCUUGUCUCACAUUAUUUUUCUGCACAGGUUGAUUUGGAAAGAAUCUCCAAGGACACGCACGGUUACGUUGGUGCCGACCUCGCCGCUCUGUGCACUGAAGCUGCGCUCCAGUGCAUCCGAGAGAAGAUGGAUAUCAUCGAUUUAGAAGACGAAUCCAUUGAUGCCGAGAUACUGAACUCUAUGGCUGUUACGAAUGAACACUUCAAGACUGCUCUCGGAUCCAGCAACCCAUCUGCCCUUCGUGAAACCGUGAGUAGCCGAGGGAUUUUUGCUGAGCUCUGCUCUCUCUGUGGUUUUUGCUUCUUCCUCCUUUGUCUGACCUAAUUCUGAUGAACAGGUUGUCGAAGUGCCUAAUGUUUCCUGGGAGGACAUUGGUGGUCUCGAGAACGUCAAGAGGGAACUCCAAGAGGUUGUUCAUCAUCCAAAAAUCAGUCAAAUUUGCGUUCUUUGGCUGACCUUUGGCCCCUCACGAACCUCUGAUCCUCUCGAUUUCUGCAGACUGUUCAAUAUCCGGUCGAGCACCCGGAGAAGUUCGAGAAGUUCGGCAUGUCCCCUUCGAAGGGGGUUCUCUUCUACGGCCCCCCUGGCUGUGGGAAGACCCUCCUGGCCAAGGCGAUCGCCAACGAGUGCCAGGCGAACUUCAUCAGCGUGAAGGGCCCCGAGCUCCUGACGAUGUGGUUUGGAGAGAGCGAGGCAAACGUGCGGGAGAUCUUCGACAAGGCUCGGCAAUCUGCGCCCUGCGUCCUGUUCUUCGACGAACUCGAUUCCAUUGCCACUCAGGUCGGCAUUGCCAUCCUUUCCUCCGGUGUUUGGUAUCUGCCGCCAUUCGUUCUCCUCCGGUGUUUGAUUCGAGCUCGACCUCGACCUCGCUAUCCUUGCCGUCGUGUACAGAGGGGGAGCAGCUCUGGAGAUGCCGGCGGGGCGGCGGACAGGGUUCUCAAUCAGCUGCUGACGGAGAUGGACGGAAUGUCGGCGAAGAAGACGGUCUUCAUCAUCGGCGCCACCAAUCGGCCGGAUAUCAUAGACUCGGCGUUGCUGAGGCCAGGUCGCCUGGACCAGCUGAUCUACAUUCCUCUACCUGACGAAGCCUCGCGGUACCAGAUCUUCAAGGCGUGUCUGAGGAAGUCUCCCAUCUCGAAAGACGUCGACCUGGCCGCGCUCGCCAAGUACACACAGGGAUUCAGCGGCGCCGACAUCACGGAGAUCUGCCAACGAUCUUGCAAGUACGCGAUCCGGGAAAACAUUGAGAAGGUGAGUUCUCGAUCUACGAACCUCCGAAUCUUCCUCCUCUACCAGUUCCUCUUUCUGGUUUCUCCUCUGCGGUGGUGCCGUCGUGUGAUGCCUUACCGGGAUGUUGCCUCCUGUCCAGGACAUCGAGAGGGAGAGGAAGCGGAGCGAGAACCCCGAGGCCAUGGAGGAGGACGCGGCGGACGAGGUGGCGGAGAUCAAGGCCGUCCACUUCGAGGAGUCCAUGAAGUUCGCGCGGAGGAGCGUCAGCGACGCCGACAUACGCAAGUACCAGGCGUUCGCCCAGACGCUCCAGCAGUCUCGCGGCUUCGGCACUGAGUUCCGCUUCGCAGAGCGCUCCGAGACCGCCGCCACCGCCACCGCCACCGCCGCUGCCGCCGGUGCAGACGACGACGAUUUAUACAGCUGA